AUGGGUUUCUUUGGCACGCUUAAAAGUCAUCUUGUUGCAACAGAGUCGCUUCCACCCAAGGUUGGGUGGACUAGAGUCACCACAAACGAGUCCGAAGAGCCAGUACACAUGUCCAAGAAAGGGGUAGAGCACCUAGUCAGUGUGGUGGAAGACCCACAAUACAGCGAUGUAUCCGAAGAGCCUUACAUCGAUUUGGAGGUCAGACUUACGCCAGAGGAAGCAUUGUAUAGGCACACGUCCAGGUGGUACAAGCUCAAACGGUUCUUGUGGGACGGAGCAGACAAGCACCCUCUCGAACAGCAGUACUUGUUGAAGUUGGACUUUUUCCUCCUCUCGUCGUCUUGCUUGGGCUACUUCAUCAAGAGUCUUAACCAGUUCAACAUCACCACUGCAUACAUGAAUGGAAUGGAGGAGUACUACUCAAUGGACAACAAUCAGUACAACUACAUGACAGCGCUUUUCACCGUUGGCUACGUCAUUGGACAGAUACCCUCGAAUUUGGUGUUGCACCGGCUCUCGGCCAGGUAUUAUCUAGGAGGUUUGGAGGUGUUGUGGGCGUUCUUGACGGUGUUGAUGAUCCUCUGUGGAAGAAACAACAUCCAUAGUCUUUACGCAAUUCGCUUCGUCCUCGGCCUUCUAGAGAGUGGCUACUUCCCUGGCUUGGAGUGGCUCCUUGGAUCCAACUACAGCACCGACGAGCUUUCCAAAAGAAGUGCACUUUUUGCAGUCUCUGGUAGUGUGAGUGGGAUUGUUUCAGGGCCAUUGCAACAACUCAUUAUCGAACGGUUUGGUGCAUCCAGUCUUCCUCCGUUCAAGUGGAUGUUUGUAUUCGACGCCAUAAUCAGCUUCCCAGUUGGUAUUUACACCAUGUUUGUCGACCCAAACACUCCCUCCACAACAGAUGCCUGGUACUUUACCGAGCAGGAUAGGUUGGUGGGAUUGGAGAGAAGAAGAAGAAUUGGUGCUGAAUUGACCACUAGAACUCCCUUUACCUGGGCUAAGGUCAAGACGUUUUUCGGCACCUGGCACAUCUAUGUGUUUCCACUCUUGUUUUUGGCUUUCAAUAACACCUGCUCGGCAAUCGGCCAGCCUACAUUCCAAUCAUGGAUGAAGAUAACAUUAGGCAAGCCGUCUGAGAUCUACAACUUGUAUCCGUCAUAUUUGAAAGUGGCUGGCAUUAUUGUGACUCUUGGUUUUGCCUACGGAAACGACUUUUUGGGGGGACGCAAGAAUGCCAGCUUUAUCGCAUUAUACUUUGUAUGUUUGGUGGUGGGAUGUGCCCUGUUGGCCCAUUGGGACAUUCCACAGUGGUGGCAUUGGACUUCCUUCUAUUUGGUCGGGGUUCCAACAGCUUGGGGGCAACCGUUCAUAUUUUCUUGGGUAAACAGGCUUCUCUUCAAGAACGAUAUGAAGCGGAGCUUUGUGGUCGUGGUGACAAACACCUUAGCCUAUGUCACGGGGGCAUGGGUACCAAUUGUUGUAUGGAACACAAACGAUCAACCGGAGUAUCAUUUGGGAUUCACUUACACAGCAUAUUUGGCGCUUUUUGGAUUAAUAAUGACCUUGGUAGCCUACCACUUGACCCAGCGGGACGAGAGGUUGGCAAGAGAGCUGGGCCAGGCGCAGCUACUCCUCAAAUCAAGACAAGAGACGGAGUUGUAUAUGUAA